AUGGCGCGGCUUCAGUGGGCGCCACUGAUGAUGCUUGGGCUGGUGCUCCUCUCCGCGCCUCUGAUCGCCGCUGAGGAGGAAGAGAAGAAGGAGGAGGAUGCUGCCUUGGUUCUCACCAAGGACAACUUUGAGGAGAAGGUCAAGGGCUCAAAGUUCGCUCUGGUAGAGUUCUAUGCGCCCUGGUGCGGCCACUGCAAGCGCCUCGAGCCGGAGUACUCCAAGGCGGCGGCGACUCUGAAGGAGCAUGAUGCCUCCAUAAUCAUCGGCAAGGCGCGCUUCAAGGUUGAUGCCACCGUCGAGACCGAUCUGGGCCAGCAGUUCAACGUGGGCGGCUACCCCACCAUUAAGUGGUUUGUGGACGGCCAGGAGGCGCAGGACUACAACGGCCCGCGCGACGCCGACGGCAUCGUGCAGUGGGUGAAGAAGAAGACCGGCCCCCCCGCCACCAAGCUGGCCGACAAGAAGGCCCUGGAGGAGGCUGAGAAGGCCAACCCUGUGCUGUUUGUGGGGUACUUCAAGGAGCUCAAGGGUGACGCCUACGACGCCUUUGUCAAGGCGGCCCAGAAGACCGAGGACGUCCCGGCCUUCGAGACCACCGACUCCGCCGUGGCCAAGGCGGCCGGCCUGACCGCGCCCGGCGUCGCGGCGGUGGUCAACCACGAGGGCGAGGACCGUGUGGCUGCGCCCCUCAAGGGUGACGUCACCACCGACGCCGUCUUGGUGCGCAGCGCGGGUGGCGGCAGAGAGCCGUGCUGA